AAUUGGGCUAUUUUAGAAAAGGAGUUGCGGGAAAAAAUACGGAGUUGCGGGUUGCGGUUUUUUGGGCUACAUUUAUAAUGUACCGUGGCCGCAAAAAAAUAAAUAAUAAUAAUUGUGGUCAAAGAUAAAAGUGAACCUUUUAUAAGUGAGUGUUUUUCCUGGGAAUGAACACUUGGCAACAAACGCUGCUUCUCGCGAGUAGGCGCGCACGCCACAUGUGCUUUGACAUCACAAAUCAAGCAUCAUCAUCACGUCACUCACAUCAUGAGAGCGUUGUAGUCAGAAGCGUCAGUUAGGUUGUCUGUGGAUGAACAAGCAGCAUUCUUAAAUAUCAGGUAAAUGGGGAAAGUAUGGAAAGAAGUAUCGCAAAGAAUGGGAGACAGAGAAAGGAUUAAAGGAGUGGAUUCGAAGUGUUCCAAAUGAUGAUAGAAAAGCGUUCUGCAAAUAUUGCAAAUGUGAAGUAAGAGCUCACCACAGUGAUCUGGUAGCUCAUGCUGCGACUGAAAAACAUAAAAAAAUGCAGCUCCUUUCUCAAAUGCCAGAACAUUAUUUGACACAGGCAGUUCCUUUCUAAGAAAUAAUUCACCUGUGAAAGAGGCGGAGUUGAAGCUGGCUGCCCUUGUUGCUUGUCACUCAAGCACUUUAACUGUUGACCACUUAGGAAGUAUGGUGGAAGAAAUUUAGUACUUCUGACUAGGGUCAGAAAAAAUCAGAGAGGAUGUGUUCUUAUUUGACCUUUAUUGUAUGAGUUUGUGUAUAAAUAAAAAUAAAAAAUAAACAUUGUGUGAUAUUAAGAAUUUGGAUAAGACAAGAGGCAAAUACUUUAAACUUAAACUUAUAUAAAUUUAUUUUAAGGCCCUUUGUGGGAAUUCAGCCGUUGUCUAAUCUGAUUGGACACUGAAAAAUUGGGCUAGUUUUUAUUCCAUUUGGGCGGGUUUUGAGUUGUUAUUGGGCUGGAAAUAUUUCUGGAACCUGGCAACCCUGGUGUGCGCGCAUGUUCUUUCUUGCAGCGUCUGAAGGAGGCUGCGUCUAGUUUUCUUCGCCUUUUCUGCUCGAAAUGGCAUCAGCGGAGGAUGUUGGAUCGAAAAGGCAAAUGUUUUAUGAAAUCGAGUGCGUAAUAGAAGAUUGCGAUACUGAAGCUGGAUACAAACCUCUGUCAGACAGCGACGAGCUCGACGAAUCCGCGGAGGAGGACGAACUGCGGGAUGAAGAUAUUGAUUCUUCUGAAGAAUGGAAGCCUCGCAGGCGCUCAAAACUAAAGAGGAACUCAUCCUCCUCCCCUUCCUCGUCUGUACCGCGCCGGAAAGGACGGUCAACUAAAAAUGCUUUGAAACCCUCUCCAUCAGCACCAGCGAUUGCCCACAAGUCGAAAAACACCCCAGCCGUCUCCUUACCUCGACAGAGAGGCAGACCAUCUAAGGACAAAUCAAAAGCCAAACUCUUUCCUAAAGCCACCCCAUAUGCCACGAUCGUGCCUAAACCCCCUCCUUAUGGCACGCUGAUCCCUAAUUCCUCUGUUAAAUUCGGCCCUCAUUCCACAUCCACCAUUGCUCUUAGCUCUAAUUUGACUCCUAUAACCCUUGCCAAUGCCUCAUCCUCCAUUAAACUGAGCCCUAAUUCUACACCCAUACUCAUCUCUAAUCCCGCUUCCACUUUUAAACUCGACCCAAAUUCCACGCACGCCUCCAAUCAGGUGCCGAUAGCCACACUCAUCUGUGCCCCCACAUCAACAGGGCUUCUGAUAGAUGGUGACACCAAUGAGCUCAAGUCAGUGAAGGAAGAGGAACCAUGGGAAGAGAAUGAGGAUGCUAUUGAAGAAUGGCCUUCUACAAAGGAAGAAAGCCAAGAGGGUUCAGAAUCAUCAAAUGCAAAGAGGCAACGACUCUCAUCCCCGAUGCCCUUGAAGCACACCUCAAAAACUACCCAUAGUCCCCUGCCUGAACUUGCACCCAUAGACACUUCUUAUCAUGUACCCACCUCUGAACCCACUGAUGAACCAUUGAUUUCAGUAUCCACCACUGAACCCAUAUCUGCUCCCAACCCUAAUCCUGCACCCACCAGGCCUCGAGACAGUGAUCUUGAUGACGACAGCGAAGAGAUCAGUGAUUCAGAGAGGGAAGAGGAACUGUGGGAAGAAAAUCUUGAUUCUGGUGAUGACUGGAACCCUCUUCUGGAAAGUCCGGAUCGUUCAAAAUCACCUGCAUUGGCACAGUCGCCAAAAACAACAUCAGGACCAAUAGACAAACUCUUUCUAUCCACGUCUGAACCUGCUUCUGAAGCCACACCCACAUCUGAAGCCACACCCACUUUUGAAGCCAUUCCCACCACCAACCACGAUUCCACUCCCACACCUAACUCUAAUCCAGUUCCCAUUUUACCACGGCGAAGAGGCCGGCCACGAAAGCAUGCUUUAAAAAUCAAUCUCACACCUAAUCCAACCCCUGAUUCCACUCCUAUAACCUUAUCCGAUCCCUCCGCCGAUCUCAUCCCUGUGUCAAGUUUAGAUCCCGCUCCCAAGCCCGUUAUCUCCACCAAUCCCAAUCCCAAUCCCGAAACUAUUUCCACUUCUGAACCCACUUCAACCGAUGAGAAAUCGAAGCCCGUAGCAACUACUUAUUCACCAGGGCAAGCCAGAACCAGGUUGUCUUCAGCUUCGGAUUCACCUUUUAAGAAAAAUGAGAGUAUGCCAGAUAAGUGGCUUGACAUCAGCAAUGAGGAUGAGGAACCGAUACUACCAAGUUUUUCUCCUAGGAGACCCCCAGGUCUGCAGCUCAUGGCGGACACAACAUAUACGCCCUUCCAGUUGUUCCAGCUCUUUUUCACCAACUCUUCAGUCAAGACAAUCGUUAGAAACACUAACAGCAAUGCCGAAAGGAGGUUGAAAGCGGGAAAGAAGUUUGUCUGGGUACCUCUAACCGUUCCCGAGUUCUACUCAUACGUGGCGUUACUCGUCUACAUGGGGCUGGUGAAGGCAGAAUCGAUAGUGGACUACUGGGCGAGGAAUCGAAUGUACAGUUUUUCGUACCCGCGGACCAUCAUGUCCCAAGCAAGAUUUCAGGCCAUCUCCUGGAAUCUUUACCUCUGUGAUCUUCAGGAGGACGAGGAGAACAACAAGAAGAAAGGCACCGCAGGUUAUGACCGACUGCUUAAAAUCAAGCCUCUGUACAAAGACGUUCUUUCGGCGUGUAGGAAACACUUUCACCCCGACAGAGAGAUUCUGGUUGAUGAGAGAAUGGUCGCUACCGAAGCUAGGAGUGGAUUUAAGCGAUCUAUGAAUGACAAACCAACUAAAUGGAGCUACAAACUCUUCGUUCUCGUCGAUGCGUCCUGCGGGUACACCUGGAACUUCUUCGUAUAUGAAGGAAAGACUUCAACGUCGUCGGGGAAAGGUGCCGGGUACGAUUCGGUGAAGAGACUACUGGAUCACAAGGUCCUCGGCAAGGGUUAUAGACUAUACAUGGACAAUUUCUACACCAGCCCGACUCUUUUCUUGGAUUUGUUGCAGAACGACAUCCUCGCUUGUGGCACAUUGCGCCGUAGUUCCAGUUUACCGAAGGUCAACGACCUGAGCAGAAGAUCUAAAUUAGGCUCCAUCCGUUGGUGUCGGCAAGGUCCUCUUCUAUUCAUCAAAUGGAUGGAUGCGAGAGAAGUCCUCAUGUGUUCCUCUAUUCACAAGGCGUUCACGGGGGAUACAGUCACCAGGAAAGCCGAGGGUCCCGAUGGGGUUCGGAGAAAACAUAUAAUUCCCUUUCCAUCCGCUGUGAAGGACUACACCAAAUACACGGGAGGUGUUGAUCUCUCGGAUUCCCUCACAGAUUAUUACGCUGUCCUCCACAAAUCCACAAAAUGGUACGAGACGCUCUUCUUCCAUUUUCUUGACAUCGCAGUGGUCAACAGUUUCAUCCUUCACCAAAAACUGGCGAAAGCUCAGAACAAGGGCCCACUCACCCAAAAAUUGUUUAGGGAAAUCCUUGUUUCAGAACUCGCACGUGUCGGCAGACGUAAGAAUCCCUUUCCGUCUGCUGCCAAAGAUCCCUCAACAUCCAACACAGCGGUCUCCAUAAGGAGGUCUGCACGGUUGUCUUCAGCCCCUAAAGAAACGAAUGCGUACUUGCCAUCCGAAACAGAGUCGUCUCCCCCACCCUCACCUGCCCAGAUGGAGCGAUGCUAUCCAGAGUAUUUCGGUUCUGAUGCUCCGUCUGGGAGGCGAGUUUGUGUCAUGUGCAAACUGGAGGGAUAUAAAGUCAAGACUCCCAUAUACUGCUCCCACUGCAAGGUUGCAUUAUGCUUCCGGUCGUCAAGCAACUGCUUCAAGAAAUGGCACAUAGAUCAUUACCCUGAAGAUUUGUAGAUGUGUUGCAAUUUGGGAUUUUUUGGGGGAUCUUGUAUGACCACUUUUCGUUUUGUAUGAACUUGUUACUUGUAUAGUUAUGACUCUAUUAAAAACAACUACAAAU